AUGGCUGUAAACUACUUCGCGAAUCCGCCGCCAGGCCUCGAUCUCAACGAGAGUCGAACGGCUGAAAACAACGCCAUUGGUAUUGUCUUAUUUGUCUUAUCUGCCAUCUUCGUCGGGCUGAGGGUCCUCACUCGGCUCCAUUAUCAGCGCGUCCGCUUGCAGCUGGAUGACUGGUUGAUGUACGUGGGCCUUGUGCUCAAUGCUGGGAAUUUGGCUUGUUGUAUAGCAGGCGGUUUCUAUGGCCUCGGGAAACAUAUUUACACACUCGACAGCUACAAGAUGCGCCAAAUCACCAUUAUCACAUUCGCAUAUGUUUACAUCUACGCCUGGAGCGUCUGCAUUAUUAAAUUCUCCAUUAUUGCAUUGUACCGUCGCAUCUUCGGCAUGACAUGGUUGGGGUGGUGGUGUGUCUUACUCACCACUGGCUACCUGAUCACAAACCAUAUUGUUCUUCCUUUGUACACCAGGCCGAUUAGUUAUUACUGGGACCAAUGGUAUCCCGACUCGGAGGGUGUGGUUCUGGUGGAUGAGGCCAAAUUUUACCUUGGAGUCGGUAUCAUAAACCUAUUUGGUGACAUCUGCAUUCUCUCAGUACCAAUCCAGAGCGUCCUCAAGCUCCAAAUGGGCAACACCCAAAAGAUAGCCAUCUGCUUCAUGUUCCUGCUCGGCAGCUUCGUCUGCUUCGCCUCCCUCUACCGCAUCGUAACCAUCACCCGCCUCGGCUCCACCCACGACAUCUCCUGGGCCAAAUCCGACGUCUUCAUCUGGUCCUCGGUCGAGCCCUCCAUCGGUAUCAUCUCGGGCUGCCUCCCCACGCUUCGCCCCAUCCUCCUGCGCCUCCUCGAAGUCGUCUUCCACUACGUCCCCUCGUCGCACGGCUACUCGGGCGACGGCCCCUCGGGCCGCUCCACGAAACUCAACACCAUCGAAACCAUCAGCAAGAAGCGCACGAGGAAAUUCCGCCGCAGGGACCCGAAUGCGCUCGAUACGGCGCUGGAGGAGGAUGAGGGAGCCGAGAGUCAGGAUGAGCAGGCCAAUGCUCUGCAGCAUAAGGCCAUCUUUCGGAAUAAGCGCGGUUCGCAGUCCGGUGCGUGGCGGCCCGAUGAAGACGAAAUGUGCCUCACCACGACGGUGAUUCAAGGAAAAGGCGCGGAGAGUGGGCACAAGGUCGAUGAGGAGAGUCUGGAGGAUGGGAAUGGUGGUGAUGGCGGCGGCCAUCGGUUGAAGAAUAUGGGGCAGGUGGUCGUGACCAAGGAGUUUGCGUGGGGUGAGUCGAGGAAUAAGUGA